UGUGAAAUGUAGUUCAGUUCAUCUUCUACUAUUAGGAAAAAUGGCUUCUUCAAUCUCACCAUGGUUCUCUCCCAUUGCUAUAACUUGUUCCAACACACGCAACCGUCGCUAUCGUUUACCCACUCGCACCAAAACCAAACCUCCCCCAAACCCUAAACUCAACAAAAACCAAACCAUCAAGCUUAAAUCUCCGCCUGAACCGUUACUCCUCUCAGCCGCCGAACCCACCACCUACGCCUGUCUCCCUCUCAAAGAAGACUAUUCAUCAUCCCACUCUCCUUCCACCCCCGAAAUCAAACUCUCCGAAUCAACACCAAUUCAACAAUUUCUCCACAAUGAUGAAGACGAAGACGACGAAGAAGAAGAAAUCAAUCGUAAUUUCGACGGAAUUCAGGACUCUGAUUUUGAAGACGAUGAAGACGAGGAAGAAGAUAGGUUUAUGGAUGACGAGGACGAUGAAGACGAGGAAGAAGAUAGGUUUAUGGAUGACGAGGACGACAAGAUUAACGAAAAUAGCAUAAAUGAAGAAUUAUGGAGUGAUGAAUCGGAGGGUGAGGUGAAGGAGAAAGGGUUACCUGCGGUUAUGAGAUGUUUUGACCGGGCAAAGAUAUAUGUAAGAGCCGGAGACGGAGGGAACGGUUCAAUGGCAUUCCGGCGGGAGAAAUAUGUGCCGUUUGGAGGGCCGUCGGGAGGGGAUGGAGGGAGAGGUGGUAAUGUGUAUUUGGAAGUUGAUAAAGCGAUGAGUUCGUUGUUGCCGUUUCGGAAUGGGAUUCAUUUUCGGGCAGGGAGGGGGUUACAUGGGAAAGGGAAGAAGAUGAUUGGUGCUAAGGGGGAAGAUGUGGUGGUGAAGGUGCCUCCUGGGACGGUGGUUAGAGAGGCUGGGAGUGAUGUGGUGCUGUUGGAGAUGGUGUAUCAUGGACAGAGAGCGUUGUUGUUGCCUGGUGGUAGAGGUGGGAGAGGGAAUGCUGCUUUCAAGUCUGGGAAUAAUAAAGCUCCCAAGAUUGCGGAGAAUGGUGAAGAAGGUCAUGAAAUGUGGUUGGAGUUAGAACUCAAGCUUGUUGCAGAUGUUGGAAUAGUUGGUGCUCCAAAUGCAGGAAAAAGUACACUUUUGAGUGUUGUUAGUGCUGCAAAGCCAGAGGUGGGAAAUUAUCCCUUUACAACGCUGCUUCCCAAUCUGGGUGUUGUUUCCUUUGACUACGAUUCAAAUAUGGUAGUGGCAGACCUUCCGGGUCUUCUUGAAGGAGCACACCGAGGUUUUGGUUUAGGUCACGAAUUUCUGCGACACACUGAAAGGUGCUCUGCACUGAUACACGUCGUUGAUGGUUCAUCACCACAGCCAGAUCUUGAGUUUGACGCAGUUCGUCUAGAGCUGAAGCUAUUUAAUCCUGAACUUGCUGAGAAGCCUUUUUUAGUUGUUUAUAACAAAAUGGAUCUUCCAGAAGCAUAUGAAAACUGGGAAUCCUUCAAGGAUACGUUGGAAUCUAGUGGGAUCACACCUUUUUGUAUGAGUGCUGUCAAAAGGGAAGGUACUCAUGAAAUUAUCUGUGCUGCUUAUGAGCUUUGGCGUAAAAAUAAAGAAGACAAGGAGGAAUAUGAAGAUGGACAACAUACGGUAGACAUGAAUCACGUAGCUCACGCAGUACAGAAACAACGGAGUGCAUCGAUUAGUGAGUUUGAGAUUUUUCAUGAUAAGAGUUCAAAUGUUUGGAGUGUAGUUGGAUCUGGAUUGCAACGUUUUGUUCAGAUGACAAAUUGGCGGUAUGUUGAUUCAGAGAAAAGAUUCCAAAAUGUUCUUGAGGCUUGUGGUGUGUUUAAGUCUCUCGUGAACCUUGGUGUAAAGGAAGGCGACAAAGUGAUGAUUGGAGAGAUGGAGAUGAUAUGGCAUGACUCUUCAAACAAAACCAGUGCAUCAAAGGUGAAGAUAUCCACAGAUUCAAUUAAGUGGCCUGAACAGAAGUAAUACCACUCUAUUUUGGUGCUUCUAGAUCCAUGUGUACUGCAACUACACAAUAGCAGUUCACGUAGGAAGCAAAUGUGGUCAAAAUGAGAUGAUAUAGACGAGGACAAAAGUCGUGAAAAGCUGCCUCAAGAAGCACAACGUUAAAUCAUACUAAUUGGAAACUUGUUCUUGAUAGAAUGAUGCUCGUUUCUUUUAUUUGACCAGAAGCUGACUGAGGUUUUCAACUGCUCACAAUUGAGUUAAGGAAGAUACAAUUGUAAUUGUAAGGUUGUAAAUCUUACAUUAUUUGUAACCAAAGGAAGAGAAUCUAAUUGUCAUGUAAUUUUAUGAUGGUGUGUUGUAACAAUUUUGUUAUCAGGUGUAAGAUGUCCAAUGUUGUGUCAUCAUUAGAUUUUUACAUGACGCUCUUAUGUGGGUCGCAUAGUUUGGUGAAUUUAGAGUGAAGAUCAAAUUUUGAGUUUCACCUGAAGUCAUUGUUUAAGUGUUCUAUUUUAUCUGAAGAGUUGCAAAUGUAUCCAAAUAGAGAUGACAAUUAUGCUGAAUUAUUGAAGGAUCUAGUUGAGAUUGAA